UUUCGCUUAGCACACGACUUAUCACAUAUUUUUUGUGAAGAAAAAAAUAUUAAAAAAAUAAAAAAAAAAAAUUAAAAAUAUAAAAAGUAACAAAAAAAAAUUGUAAAAAGUAGCAAAAAAUUCGAGCAAGAGUUGAAAACGAGGACCUAAUCACUAAAAAUGGCUUCUUUAUACGUGGGUGAUUUGCAUCAGGACAUCAACGAAGCGGGCCUGUUUGAGAAAUUCUCGACUGCUGGCCCAGUUUUGUCCAUACGAGUGUGUCGCGAUGUUGUUACACGUCGUUCUUUGGGCUAUGCUUAUGUUAACUUUCAGCAGCCAGCCGAUGCUGAGCGUGCAUUGGAUACAAUGAACUUUGAUUUGAUACGCAAUAAGCCCAUACGCAUUAUGUGGUCGCAACGCGAUCCCUCACUGCGCCGCUCCGGUGUUGGUAAUGUUUUUAUCAAGAAUCUGGACAAGGCCAUUGAUAAUAAGGCGAUCUACGACACUUUCUCGGCCUUCGGUAAUAUAUUAAGCUGCAAAGUUGCCACAGAUGAGAAAGGUAACUCCAAGGGCUAUGGCUUUGUGCAUUUUGAAACUGAGGAGGCCGCCAAUACGUCAAUCGAUAAAGUCAACGGAAUGUUGCUUAACGGUAAGAAAGUCUACGUUGGCAAGUUCAUACCGCGCAAGGAACGCGAGAAGGAGCUCGGCGAGAAGGCCAAACUCUUCACAAAUGUCUACGUAAAGAACUUUACCGAAGACUUUGAUGAUGAAAAGCUGAAAGAAUUCUUUGAACCAUAUGGCAAGAUUACCAGCUACAAAGUCAUGUCUAAAGAGGAUGGCAAAAGCAAGGGUUUCGGUUUUGUGGCCUUUGAUACCACAGAGGCUGCUGAGGCCGCUGUACAAGCGCUUAAUGGUAAAGACAUGGGCGAAGGCAAAUCAUUGUAUGUUGCACGUGCCCAAAAGAAGGCCGAGCGCCAGCAAGAACUGAAGCGUAAAUUCGAGGAGCUGAAGAAGAAACGCCACGAGUCAGUCUUUGGUGUGAACUUGUAUGUCAAGAAUCUGGAUGAUUCUAUUGAUGAUGAGCGCCUGCGCAAGGAGUUCUCGCUCUAUGGCACCAUCACAUCCGCCAAGGUAAUGACCGAUGAGGAGGGUCGCUCCAAGGGUUUCGGUUUCGUUUGCUUCAUUUCGCCCAAUGAGGCCACCUGCGCUGUCACCGAGCUGAACGGACGCGUUGUAGGCAGCAAGCCACUGUAUGUGGCAUUGGCCCAGCGCAAGGAGGAGCGUAAGGCACAUUUGGCAUCGCAGUAUAUGCGUCAUGUCACAGGUAUGCGCAUGCAGCAGUUGGGACAAAUCUUCCAGCCCAAUGCCGCCAGCGGCUUCUUUGUGCCUACCAUGCCGCCCAGCCAGCGUUUCUUCGGCCCACAGAUGACACCACAAAUGCGUUCCACACCACGCUGGGCACCACAAACUCGUCCGGCAACGGCGGUGCAAAGCGUGCAGGCCGGCGCUGCUUCCGCCACCGCUGGAGGCUUCCAGGGUGCAGCCGGUGCGGUGCCUACACAGUACCGCCAGUCUGCAGCCGGUGCCCGUGGCUCCCAGCCCCAGCAGGUGCAGGGCACGCAUGCCGCAGCUGCUGCCGCCGCGGCCAAUAAUAUGCGCAGCUCCGGAGCACGCGCCAUUACCGGACAACAGUCUGUUGGCGCUGUGCCCAUGCAAAUGCCAGGCGCAGGUGGUGCUCAGCAGCGUGCGCCCAGCUACAAGUAUACCGCCAAUAUGCGUAAUCCUCCAGUGCAGCCAAUGCAGCAGACGCAGCCCAUGCCACAGCAGCUGCAAGGCAAAAACCCUGAGAAGCUUAUUGCAUCGCUGUUGGCCAAUGCUAAGCCACAGGAGCAGAAGCAGAUUCUUGGUGAGCGUUUGUAUCCCAUGAUUGAGCGCAUGCAUUCCGCUUUGGCUGGCAAAAUUACUGGCAUGUUGCUGGAGAUUGAGAACUCUGAGCUAUUGCACAUGCUGGAGGAUCAGGAGGCACUCAAGGCCAAGGUUGAGGAAGCCGUAGCUGUGCUACAGGUUCAUCGCGUCACUGACCCAACUAACUAAAGCUCGAACUACAAAAGCGGAUUUCAAAUUAAUUUUUUUUUUAUUUUAAAUAUCACUCGACACCCAAAAUAUCUUUUUUCCCUUCACUAUAAAUUUUUUACACAAAACAAAUAUGAAUUCGCUGCAAUGGAUGCUCAAGCAAAGAAAUAACGCAGCGAAUAAAG